UUUUAGCGAAUACUCUAUGUAAAAAAAAUUUAAAAAGAAUGAACAGAUUUGUAGAAGCUUUGGCUUAUUAAGUUUCAUCAAUUAAGAAAAAUACAAAUGGUCCAGAGAAUCAUAUUAAUGGACGUAUAUUUAAAUAUGUAUGAUCUCUUAGCUGGUACAUAAGACAAUUUCUUAACAAAGAAAUUUUUAAAGAUAAGAAAAAGAUUAGAGGAAUCAUUAAUCAGUUACAUUUUAGAUAUUUGGAAAACUCCCAAAAGUUCUGACGUUAAUAACUCCAAAGGUAAUAUUAUAGAAGUAUAAAACUAUAGGAUAUGUUCUAUGUAAACAAAAUAGAUUCGCUGAGGCAUUGGACUAUUAUGAUACUGCUAUUUAAAAUAAUCCAGACAACCCCAAUUAUUAUAUUGGGAAAGGUAUGAAAUUUGAAACUAUCCGUUUAGCAAUUUCUUUAAUGAAUUUGAAAAGAUUUGAAGAGGCAAAUGAUUAUUAUGAUUUAGCAAUUGAUAAAAAUCCAGGCAAUACAGAUUAUUAUAUUGGCAAAGGUAUAGAAUUAGAAAGUAAUCUGUGAGUA